AUGACACUUGUUGCUCAUGGAGUUGAAGCCGGCAUAAAGCUCUCGGACGACAUCGAACUUGGCAUUCAAGUUGACAAAGUUGUUGUACCACUCUUUCGAGAGAUAACCGUCGACGACGUCUAUGCGAAUGUCAAGGGUGGAGACUGGGAAGUCACCUUCGGAGACGUCCAGUACGGCGUCCCGGAGCCAGACGACGACGAUUCUGUAGUCGUUACCAACACGGCUAUCCUUAGAGCAGCGACGAUGAAAGGGGGAGCCAAUGGUCGCCCGGCCGAUAUGGUCAGGAAUCUUACGGCUGGCAAGAUACCGACUGAGGCUGAAGAUACCGCAUCCGCAUUCUCGUCCGUUAAGAAGAUAUCACCAGAUGAGGAGCGCGCUCAUACAAAGUACAAGGACCUGGUCCGCUAUAUCAACGACACAAGUGCCAUUACAAAGGCGAAGCAGCAACUGGUAGAGGCCUCGAAAGCACGAGAUGAGGCUGGCUCAACAGAUGAUGAAAAAGACCCCAAAGAUGCUAAAAGGUCAAAAGAAGAACCGGGCGUCCGCUUGGACAUUGAUAAUAUGGAUGACUUCAGAGCAGCAAUCUGUACCCAGAUCCAUGGACAACCCUCAAUACCUCAUCCACCUACCAAAUCGAUCAGAGUCUCCACCCUUCGGAAAACAUCGUACCCAAACGUAAAGAAGUUCCUACAUCGACUGCCCUUCCUCUACCGCUUGAUGCUCAGUCCUAUUUGUUACUUCCAUCCUGUCAAGUUCAAGUCCAUUACUGCAGCUGGAUCAGGAAAGUGGUUCACAGCCCUGAUGCAACAGUAUUUCUUUAAGCAUUACUCGUCCCAAGACGCCGAGAUUCGUAGAUUGGAGGCGCGGAUAUCGGCCUGGUGUGCAGAUGCCAAUUUCGCCGUAGAACUAGGCCCCAUGGCUAGCGAAGCCUCCUUCCCCAUCAACACUAAUUACAACAUCCAGACCCACUUAAAAAUCUCAGAUGUCAUGGCUUACAGAAUACUCCCUGAUGCCGUCGAACUUAAGCAAGUUGUGCGAUUAGGAGGUGCCGAUGCUAUUCUCACGAUUCCGACAUUCCUGUUCCCUCACCAUGAGCACAUCUUCCCAGAGAAGAAGAGUGACUUCGACCUAUUGGAGAUGGAAUCUGCCAUCAAAGAAACUGAAUCUACUCCAAAGCAGAUCCAAGCUCUGAAAGAACUUGAGAAGUUAAAGAGAGACGAGGCAUCUAUGCACGUCAGCGCACACGCUCACCUCCCGGCGCAGUUUCACCAAGAUCUUCUCAACUUCGUCGCCGCAAUUGUCAAAGCCACCAAGGUCAUCGAGUCAGACAAAGACUUUGAGGAGGCAAAGGUUUUACGCGAACUGAAGCGCGUCAGCACGACUGAUAGCGAAGCAAGCAGUCUUGCGUCGAUUAAUACCAACAAUAGCGAAAUGUCGCAGACCACAGUGAAUGGCAAUGAGGACAAGAGCUUCAAAGCAUUUCUCAAAAAGGUGGACACUGGUUUCAAGGAAGCGUCGAAUAAGACUAUGGUGGGCAUGCGCAAAGCUGGUCAGAAUACUGUACAUGCCAUGGCUAACGAUCGCUGGAUCGCACGGCUGGUAGGCAAGGUGACGAGGAAGUUGGAAAAGGCGCAAGGUGAACUGGGGUAUAGUGCAGAGGUUCCGAUUGCUCUGGCCAAGUACCGUGAGCGACAUGAGUUCGAGCAGAAGCUCUUACCCUAA